AGGUUUUUACAUAAUGCAGAACAAAGCCCUGGGCUCUUCUGAUUGUGAGGAAGAGCUGAGAGACGAAGAAGAAGAAGUAGAAGGCUGAAGCUGAGCGAGGCCCUUGCUUGCAUUAACCCAACCUUCUCUACUCCAUCAAACACUCUCUUUCGUGAUGGCUGCUGAAGAUGAUUCUAUUGAAGGAGCUGCUGCUGCGCGUCAAGAGAGGAUAGCAUCUCUUAGAGCUGCGCUAGAACUGUUUAACACUCCAGAUGGAGACUCUAUCCAAGUUGAGGAUAAGAAGAAUGAUCAAAAUGAAAAUGUUGGAGAAACGAAUCUUGACAUGAAAUUUCGAAAUUAUGUUCCUCAUGAUAAGCAGCUUCAGGAGGGGAAGCUUCCUCCUCCAGUGCUACCAAAGUUUGAAGGCCCAGUUGCAGCAGUGCCUCCUCCACCAGAGAAGAAAGAGGAUCCAUUUGUGAACAUUGCUCCUAAAAAACCAAAUUGGGACCUCAGGAGGGAUGUGCAGAAGAAGUUUGAUAAGCUUGAAAGACGAACCCAGAAGGCAAUAUAUAAACUUAUGGAGGAACAAGAACGGCAGAAGGAAAUGGCUGAACAGGAAACCAAUGAAUGAUCCUGCUCCUGGUGCUUCUAUGGCCCAGAAGGACAAAAGUAACGUAUACGUUGUAAUUCAAUCAAAGAACCAUGGUCAUGUUAAAAACUGAUAUAUCUGUGUACCACAUUAAUGGCUUAAAGUCUAUAUAUUGUCAACUUAAUUCAUGGUUUA